AUGACUCCACUCCCUGCUGUCAACAAAUGUCCACCAGUCGUAACGCGAGAGUUGAGAUGUACGAGGAGGAGGGUAACAUUCUCUGAACCGGAAGAGACAGUAACGAAAGACUUGGAGGGGAAGCAGCAUUGGCAAAGUCUUGAUGAGCUUGAUGCAAUACAUAUCACGCGUUUGAUACGUGAGAAUGCGGCGGCGGAGAGGAAGAUCCAUGUUCUGGAGUCUAAGAUUGGACACAUUCAGCGUAAACACAAACGCCUGCUCAAGAAGCUUGCCUACUGUGAUAAUGGAUAUGCGGCGCCAGAACCUGACAGCACUGGCUCUGCUUUGCAAGAGAGGAUCAUGAAAGGGUGGGCCUGUGAGUUGUUCGAUAUGGAGUGUCGCCAGUUGGAGUGUCGCCAGUUGGAGUGUCGCCGUGACAGCCUGGCGGCAGCGAUACAGAGGGGGAUUGAGCAGUCUGAAAAAGAGCUUAGAUUGGGCUUUAUGAAAGCAUCGGUCGCCGUAUUCGCGUAUGAGGCGCAGCGGACCAAAGAUAUUAGGAUACAACUUGCGAAUGAGGGCUUGCCUGUUCCUAAGGUAAGUGAUCGACUGAAUUUUACCAAAGGCUUGGUCAGGUUCUUUUCUGAGGAUGAAAUGGCAACAAUCAACGAAAUGGUUGCGAAGCAAGAGUGA